CUCGGAAUGGCUGAAUUGGUUACUAUACGGAACGUUUGGGGAGGACAGUUAAAUGACAAAAUGUCUAAAUUAGAAUCAGAAUAUCCAAAAUAUCUGAAGAGAGCAAUAAAAAUAUCAGAAAUGAUCAGAUCUUAUCGAAAACCCCAUUCGGAUCAACAAAACUUUUGGCUUAAAUGGGCCCUUAGAAAAAGAGAUAUGUUGAGGGAUAAAAAAUUGGGAGAGAAAUAUUUUAAUUUUAAUAGACAAAAUAAUUAUAUUUCAAUAUUAAAUUGGGAAUUUAUUAUUUUUGUAUUUAUUUGUUUAAUUAUAUGUUGA